AUGUGUAGAAAGUGGGAUCGCAACAACAAUAGCAACUCAACUGUGACUGAGUCACCGGAAUCGGUCUCGCCAUAUGAUGACGAAAUUAAUCGCUUCUUUGAUAAAGUCAACCUGGCCACCUCGUCACUUGCUGAUAUCACCAAGAAGGUUGUAGGAACAACCUACGAUUAUGCCAAUUCCACGGAUCUCAGGCCCUGGAGAAGCUCCGGCAGCCCUGAUGAUGACUCAAUUGAUAACUAUGUCAAUAGACCCUACCAGACUCGUGAUAGGGACUUGGAAGCUGAGAGACCAUUCAACUUACCUUUCAGGGUACCUUUUGAUCUUUUCAAUGUGUUUGGAACUUCGGGUGGCCGUACCCCUUACGGAAUCUACUCUUACAGGGGUCCAUCUACCAGAGAGUACAACGACUGUCUCAGAAAAGACGGCACCUCUGUGUGGGACUCCGAAGGAUACUGGAGAUGCUUGUUCCCCAACAGCGAGGUUCCUGCCAGAUUAUUGGACUACAAGAAGAGCCACUUGGCGGGCCAGAUCUUGACCAAGGAGGACUUUGACGAUGCCGUGCAGGAGUACCCACCCAAGGACGACGGCGUGUUCGACUUAGGAGCCAAGGGUGUGUUUUUCAAACAGUAUGACCAGUUCUUGAACUGGAAGAACACCAUGUACGAGAAUGUGCGCAAGCAAAGAGAGGUGUCACGGAGACGUAUCCGUGAGGCUAUGAUCUCGAAGGAGAAGCUGUUUGACAAGUUGGAUUCGCUGGACACUCCGGGUGUGGUUUCGUCGUCAGUCCUGAGCUCUAUGGAUUCUAACUUUGACACCAAGGAAGUUGUUUUGCGUGAGACGAAGACUGAGGUUUUCAGUGACGGAACUUCGACCACUAAGUAUGUGACGAAGACAAAGCCUUUCGGAGCACGUGAAUGGACUGUUGUCAACGAGGAGGUGCUGUCAGACGACAGCAAGAACGGAUGGUUUUGGAACUCGAAGUGA